UUACCAGCCUCAGUUUAUGUGUCCAGUUACAAGUGUUUGGUCUUUCCGUCAAGAUGGCUGCCCCGAUCAGCAAGAAGAAAAAGUUCGUCAAGGAUGGUGUGUUCAAGGCUGAACUUAAUCGGUUCCUCACCAAUGAACUAGCAGAGGAUGGUUACUCUGGGGUGCAGGUUCGCCACACUCCAGCGAGGACGGAGAUCAUCAUCCUUGCUACCCGUACACAGAAUGUCCUGGGUGAGAAAGGGCGUCGUAUCAGGGAGUUGACGUCACUUGUACAGAAACGAUUUGGGUUUGCUGAGGGUUCUGUUGAGCUCUAUGCUGAGAAGGUGGCGCAGCGUGGUCUGUGUGCUAUUGCCCAAGCCGAGUCCCUCCGAUACAAGCUUGUAGGAGGUCUAGCUGUCAGGAGAGCCUGUUAUGGUGUACUGCGCUUCAUCAUGGAGUCUGGUGCAAAGGGUUGUGAAGUUGUGGUGUCUGGUAAGCUGAGAGGACAGCGAGCCAAGAGCAUGAAAUUCACAGAUGGUCUUAUGAUCCAUUCUGGUGAACCCAGACGACACUACGUUGACACUGCAGUUCGUCACGUACACUUACGUCAAGGUGUGUUGGGUAUCAAGGUGAAGAUUAUGUUGCCGUGGGAUCCUACUGGGAAGAACGGCCCACGCACUCCACUUCCUGAUCACAUCAACAUUGUGGAGCCAAAGGAUGAAGUAAUGCCUGCCGAACCCCACUCUGAAAAUAAGAUGGAGAAGCCUGCAGCUGCUGCUGUUGCUGCCCCUGCACCAGCACCUGUUUCAACAGAGGAAUAACCAUCAUAGCUGCUAAGUGCAUAUGUCAUCUGUUACACGCUGAAGAUGUCUUGCACGGCACGAAAAAUACACCAGGACACCAUCUUCAUUUGUUACAAAUGAAAAUAAAGUUUUUGAAGUACUGAUGAA